AAAGUCCCUUUAUUUCUUUAUGGGUUAUGAAAACGACAUGUUGCAAAACUGCUCAGAGGAAAAACAAACUGGGCUGAAUGGAAUUCAUGGGACAUAAAGAAUAGUGAAAGAAUUGUGCGAAAGAGUGGGCAGGCUAGCAGAGAAAGCGGAUGUGACGAUCUACAUUGACCAGCGGUUUACAAAGCAUCAUGGGACUCAAACAGUAACAACAAAGGAGCAAAACGCUUCGAUUAGGUUUUUAAUGUUGGUGCUAUAAACUCUACAUUUUUAAGCGAAGACCUGCUUACCGUAGCGAUGAUAAAGUAAAAUAGUUCUCAAAGUCGUUGUUGUCUGUCAUCGGAAUUCUCCUGCAAGAUGUUUUGACCAAUAUUAGAAGGGAAUAGUCAUUUUAUUAGCCAUGGAGAGCUCACACGUGGAGGUAUCCGACUCGAGCACAGAGUCAGUCCAGAAUCCUGCUGCAGAAAUGUCAUCUUCACAAGAGAAGGACUCUCAGUUCAGCAAAGCUGGGACAUCUCAGGAAAACACUGCACCUGCUAAAGGAAAAGGACUUUUAAAAAGAAAAGCAGAUUCCCUUAAGGAUGAAAAGUGUAAGAAGAAAAAGACAAGAAAGGUCCAACGAACUGCCAGACCAAAUUACACCGUCCAGGAGGGAGAGGACAUGCUUUUAAUUAUAUCAAAUAUAAGCAGUGGUGACAGUGUAUGGAAGCCCAAACGGAAGCGAUGUAAGAAAAGGAAGGUUGAUGCAAAGGGCAAAAGCAAGACUGCGCCUAUCAAAACAAAAAUAGCGCCUGUAAAAACCAAAGUUGCUAAAGUCACAGAGGAAGCUGUUGACAAAAGUGUCAAUUUGGACAGUGUGCUUGUUGAUAGUUUUGACCACUGGGGCCAGAGCUUACCAAUAGAGGUGCUGGUGAAAAUUUUUCAGUUUGCAGUUCUGCAAGAUGGAGCUGUACCUUUUCUUUGCAGGGUUGGCAGAGUUUGCCGUCUUUGGAACGGAGCUGGAUCUUCUCCAAUCCUGUGGCGCAGUGUGUCAAUUGGUUACUGCUGGAUUGAACCUGGUAAGAGUCAGUUACCUGGGACAGAACAGAAGAUUAGGAACACUAUAGACUGGCUAGCUCAAAACAGAUUCUCUCAGCUAAAGGAUUUCUCCCUUUGCCAUUGGAAAAAACAUGUUGAUUAUGUUAUUCAGAGAGUUGCACAAUCCUGCCCCAAUCUUAAUUCUCUGAAGUUGUCUUACUGCAUGGGAGUGACAGAGAAAGCCUUCCAAAGCCUUGGCCCUGACUGUCGUUUAUUGGAGAAUAUAAAUGUGCAACAUUCAGAGUUUCAUGUUGAUGGCCUGGUGUCCUUCCUUGAGAUGCAUGGCAGCCAAAUAAAGAGCAUUUAUUUCACACACAGCUCCAAGAGUGACAGACUUCUCAGCGUUUUGUCUAAAGGUUGCUGUCCUGAGCUCAGACUGCUGGAGAUCAAUACUAAAUUAGAUGGUGGAUACUGCCAGCUUCCCAUCUGCAUUCAGGCUUUGCAGAUUGGAUGCCCUAAACUGCAGACUUUUAGAUUGAUGAAUGUCACUCCAGUUCCUAAAAUGAUCCGCAACACGCCCAGUUCAACAUCUGGGUUCCCCAUGCUAGAGGAGCUGUGCAUUGCCACUUCCUCUCAUUCCUUCAUGACUGACAGUGACCUGAACAAUGUGCUCCAUGGCUCCCCCAACCUGCGAGUGCUGGAUCUGCGUGGUGGUUCCCGCAUUACAGCCACUGGCCUGUAUGCUCUGCCUUGUGAAAGAUUGGAGUGUCUAUAUUGGGGCCUGUACUUCAACAGCAACACAAUGGUGGCAUCCAAGAAAGGCAUACACAUGCUAGCCCAGAAGUGGAGCAACACCAUCAGGGAGCUUGAUUUGACCAACCAGCCUUUUUCAGAGGAAGACAUGGAGAUUGCCAUUGGACAUCUAGCACAUGGGGCUGGAGUUGACUCUUUUCGCUCCUUGAAUCUCAGUGGGACUAAAAUCACUUCAUCUGCACUCAGGUUACUGAUAAGCCAGUCACCAGCUCUGAAGUACUUGAACCUGUCGUCCUGCCGGUAUCUACCUAGAGGACUUAAACGACUGUAUCAUGGUCAAGAAGACAUUCAGAUGCUCCUGGAUAAAUUAAGCUGAACAUGUAUGUAUUGGAGUGAAUUUUAAGUAAAGUUUCUUAAUAUGUGUCUGCCUUUACUGACCUACUCAGCAGCUAUUUAUCUCAUGCUUACAUUGUGAAAAUGUUAUGAAUUUAUCAUAAUUGUAAACAAGCCACAUUUAUUGAAAUCACUAUCUUUAGAAAGAGACAAAUUACUGACCUGAAAAUUACCUAAUAAAAUUACUGAUUGCAGAUGUGUGUUUAUUUGAAAUUUAUUGAAAAUGUAUGAAGAGAGCAUGUCAUAAAACAGUUUUAACAAUAGCAUUUGUUUACAGGGGCACACCAAAGUGUUAAAUGGCAUGUACAUCUCCACAUUUACUGAUGCUUCUGCAUAAUAUCACUUUAAAGGUGUACAAAUAGAAAUUUGCUUUCUGAAUCUUAGUUGAUAAAUGUUUACUGAUUUGUCAUAAGCAUAGUUAGAAACAAAGAUAACGUUUGUGUAAGGGGUGGUUUGUUAAAUUUAGUUGUAUGUUUGAAACAUACAUUAAUAACAGCACAUAAUAACAAGAACAGCCUACAUUGAGAGAAAAACAGUCUUGCCUCAAUGACAGGUUUAUGAAUAAACGAAAGAGAAAAAAAAAAA